AUGGAAUCGCAUGAAUUACGUAUUAGAGAAGUUAGGAGUUUUGUCAAUUCUAGUGCACAGAGAUAA